UUUAUAUCAUGGAGGGGCACGCGUCGUUGAAAGUCCCACCAUCGAUCCCCUCCCGUUCCCGUCGCCGAGGAAAAGCACCAAGCACCAAACCCUAAUUGCCUUCCUUCCUCCCCCCGGCGGCCCGGCUGCCAUGUCAUCUCCUCCUUCCCGGCGUGGUAUCUUGACCACAAUCCCGGUCUCCGACGAUGGGACCUUCGGCUACUCCGUCCCGCCCCCGGCCCAUUGCUCCAGUGCAGCAGCUACACUGCUCCCGUUUUGGGGUACAGAGCACAAGCCUGCUCCAUUGGUACUGCAGCAAGGACAAACCAUUCGUGAAUCCAUUGCCCGCUCCUUGAAGAAAGAGCAAGAGAGCAAGUUUUCGAAUUUGUCCGUGCUUCCCAGUUGCCUCCCAGGGGCGCAAAAUUUUUCGUCUCUUGGGCUGCCUAUUCUGUACCAGCAACCAGAUCACUGGGGAAUUAGAUUUUACACCAGAAUUGAUCUCAAGGGAUCUUUCCACACAUACCCUCAUGUGGGUGGACCAUUUGAGAGCUUAACUGAAGUUAACGAUGCUAUUGAGCUCUACCUGAGGGGCCGCCAGGAGGAGCAAAUGUUUGUGGGAUUAUCUGGAGUGGAGCUUGCUGUACAAAAGUGCCUUUACUGGCCUGAUGGCAGAAGGAAAAAGCAUUUGGCGUCCCAACCAAUUGAUACUACCCGUGAUUUUAACCGCCAGCUGGUUGAAGCUCUGGUGGACAAGUAUAAUGAGGAUCACAACCUUUUGGGGGAUCUUGCAUAUGAAUUCAAAGAUAUUAUGUGCUGCCAAUCAAUUAGAGAUAGUAGGUUUUACAAUCAUAUCAAUUUCACUGCGAAGGUUAAAGGAGCUGAUGAUUUGAACUGCUGCACAGACUAACUAUUCUUUGCUGAAGUCAUGUAUAAUCAAUCAUCCAGUGAAUUGUUUGUCAUCUGUUUAUGUGUGCUGGAUCCUACUGCUAAUGGUUACUGUUAUGGUUGUCACUGUAAUGGAAGUCCUGACAUGAAGCACCCAAGUUCUGGUUACAUAGCUGGCCACACAAGUAACGUGUCUGGUAGAUCUUCUAAGAUAAACUGCGGAAAGUUUGAUGAUGAGGACAAUGAGGACGAGCUGGAAGCUCAGAAGGCUAGGUUACGAUGGUUGUUUGGGGGCUCUGAGCUGAAGCAAAUCAGGGACCCACAUGGGGCAGAGCAAUGGAGAAGAACAGCUGAGCCAGCAUUGCAGGAGCCUACGGUGUUCUCUCCUAGAAAGAGGGCACGUAACAUGUAAAGCCAAGGGGAGGUCUGUACUCACAGGCCAAGGAGGGCGCUGGAGUGGAAGACACUUGAACACGGGGUAGCAAACGAGGCCACUGGAUUAGCAUUUUGCUGUGGAGGGUUUGUGUAUUUCACUGCCAGCAGCCCUUGUCGAAAUGUUAAGACCAAGUACCAUGUAAUUUCCUGUUGUUAUUUCCUGCUGCCAAGAAAUUAAGAAUAUUUGUAGGAGGCUAUGCCUAAGUA